GAGUUGCAGGAGGCAGCUGUGGUCUCUCUGGAAUAACUUUAUCUCAGGACAGCGCUUGUGUGUCCAUUCCACCCUCUCCACCAGAAAUGGCCAAUGUGCUCUGUAACAGAGCCAGGCUCGUUUCCUAUCUCCCAGGAUUUUGCUCUUUAGUUAAAAGGGUUGUCAGUCCUAAAGCCUUUUCAACUAUUGGAUCUUCAGGUUCUGAUGAAUCUCAUGUGGCCACUGCUCCCCCAGAUAUAUGGUAAUGAUACAGCUAUCGAACAAGAAAUUAAUAGUGCAGAAACCUAUUUUGACAGUGCCAAAGUAGAGUGUGCAAUUCAAACAUGUCCAGAAUUGUUGCGAAGAGAUUUUGAAUCACUGUUUCCUGAGGUUGCCACCAACAAACUUAUGAUUCUGACUGUAACACAAAAAACUAAGAAUGAUAUGACGGUUUGGAGUGAGGAGGUAGAAAAUGAAAGAGAGCUACUCUUAGAGAAGUUCAUCAGUGGUGCUAAGGAAAUUUGCUAUGCUCUUCGAGCUGAAGGAUAUUGGGCUGACUUUAUUGAUCCAUCAUCUGAUUUGACAUUUUUUGGACCUUAUACAAACAACACCUUUGAGACAGAUGAACGCUACCGACAUUUAGUAUUCUUUGUUGAUAAUCUUGGCUGCUGUAAAGUGAUCCGUCAUAGUCUCUGGGGUACCCAUGUGUUUGUAGGAAGUAUCUUCACUAAUGCCACACCAGACAGCCAUAUUAUGAAGAAAUUAAGUGGAAACUAGCAAUAAUAUCAAGAUACUUGCUGUACUACUUAUAUAUAACAUUUGGGUAUUUGGAUUGAUCUAUAAACACUUGUCAAAGGCUUAA